AGAGGAUUCUUACAAGUUUGAAAAAAUGGUAGUUUUUGUCGUGGUGUUAGAAUUAAUUUAAUGAUAUGCUGGAAUUGGACAUUAUAUUGGUAAAUUGAAGAUUACUGACUCCCCACCCCUCUUUAAUCACAUCUCUCUUUCUUUGCACCUUGUUUGUUUUUCAAUCUCUCUCUCUCUCUCUCUCUCCUCAUCUUCCAACCCCUUCAACCUCUCUCUUCCUCCCAUUGCUCAGUGGGUUUUGUGUUGUGUUGUCUUCUUUCUCUCUCUUCUUUCUUCUCCCUUUUUUCUUCUUUUUAGAGAGAGAGAGAAAACUUUCAAUCAGUAGGUUUAGGGUGACUUCUUAUCUUACCCAUUUUUGAUUUUUCCCCUUCACCACCCUCUUUUUCUGCCAAAAUUCUUUUUUUUUUUUUUUAAACAAUUUUUUUGGGAUUUUUUUGAGGCAGAUCCAUUUGUUAAGUUUGAGAAUCUCCAAAACACACCAGUGGUUUUUCUUUGAUUUCUCUUGCAAUAUUUAAUCAUUGUCUAAAGAAAUAAGCACAGGUUGUGAUGCAGGGACAAAGGAGUACCAUUGGUUCCCUGCCUGAUUCAAUAAAUUUUGAUUAUGGGCCUCCAUCAAGCAAUGUGGGUGUAGAUCAGCAAAUUUGCUGGAAUAAUCACCGGAAUCCUGCUGAAAGCAGGUUGUCUGACUAUAGGAUUUCAGCUACUAGUUCAGAUACAUAUAUGGGUGGUGUAAGCCAAGAAGGGAGAAACUUUAAUAGAUGGAAUAUUGGUGAAUCAAGUUCUACUAAUCCUCAGAACUUGGUUAACGAUGAUGACCGAAUGACUCAAAGUGGAUGGCCUCCUUCAUUGAAUGGCUCUGUUGGUGCUGCAUUAAGGCUAGAGGAGCAACGAUAUGAGCCUACAAAUUUUGUUUCACACACUGGUGUAAACUUAAACCUUAGCAACAACCAGGUUGUAACUGGGCCCUCUUACAUGCGAACCCCUGACACUGAAUCUGCUUCGCAAAAUCUUGACUUAACUGACGGAAAUUUUCAUAGAGUUGAUGAUAGUAUGGACUGUCCUAAUUUGUCGAAAUCUAUUGGCUUUGAGAGCAAAUUUCAUCCUUCAGCUAGUAGCUCUUCUGAUCCUUUUGCUUCUUCAUCUGGAGGUGGUGGUUUCCUUGUUGAAGAGGAUGAGGGUAGGCCUGGUUACUCAUUGGAUGGUCGUCGUCUUUCUUGUAAGAGAAAGGCUUUUGAAGGAAAUGCUGGACAGUCUUCUACUAGUGGAAAUUGCUUUGCAAGGGCAGAAGGUGGCAUGUGGCAUGCAGCUCCUCCUCGCUAUGAUGCCAGCAGCAGUGUUAAUGUAUCCAUUUCAUCAGAAAGUUCUCCGAGCAUUAACCCUCCUGCACAGGUCAAUCCGCGACUUGGAUUAGGCAUGGGUGGAGGAGUUCCUGCUGAUAGUCUUCGUCCUCUUACUGUGCCUGGAGCUUCAGAAAGUACUCAGAGGAACUAUCGUUUGAGGGUGAAUCCCUCAGUACAACCAGAUUUUUUGCCAAAUAAUUCAUUUUCAUCCAAUCUUGGUGGCAGUGCUGCCCGACGACCUGAUAGCUCGUCAGCUCAUCAGCCAUUAAGAUUUGUGCCGAUAACUCCUCUUGAUUUGAUGUCACCAAAUCCCCCGGAAAGCUCAGUUCCACAAAGUCAACCAGUCAUUUUGCGUGCUGCCCUUCGGCGAAAUGUGCAAUCUCACAGGUGGAAUGGAGCCACUAAUUUAAGGGCUGGAAGUUCAUCAAAUCCUGCUCCUUCUGGUGGGGAUACUGUGUUGCCUGAAGAUUUGAACUCUAGAAACCUGUCGAGAAAUAUUGCAGAACAUCCUAUGUUUGUACCUCCAGUAGAGGCUAGAAAUUUGCCUCAAACUCCAACAAAUUGGAGUUUAAAUAAUGGUAAUGUUAGUAUCUCUAGAAACAUUCCAUCGAGCUCUCGCACUGGGUCUGCUUCAGCUUCCCAUACUACACCAGGACCCAGUUGGGCCUCUCACCGCCAUCCUUCAUCACAGUACUCCCGUAGAUUAUCUGAAUAUAUUCGUAGAUCAUUGCUAUCUGCAGCUGGGUCGGACAUUGCAGGCCAGAGCAGUAACAGUGGCCAACUUCGUUCAGGUCCAUCUUCCUCGCAAGAUGGUAUACUUCCUUCUAGCGGUGGAAACCAGGGGCAUAAUCAGUUACACUCCAGGUCCGCAUUGUGGAGUGAAAGGCAAGGUGAUGGUGCUGUUGGGAUUCCUUAUUCUUUGCGGGCCUUGGCAACUGCUGGUGAAGGAAGAAGCAGGCUUGUUUCUGAGCUUCGUAAUGUCUUGGAUAUCAUGCGUAGAGGUGAAGGAUUACGUUUUGAGGAUGUUAUGAUCCUUGACCAAUCGGUCUUAUUUGGAAUGGGUGAUGUUCAUGAUCAGCAUAGGGACAUGCGACUUGAUGUUGAUAAUAUGUCUUAUGAGGAGCUAUUGGCUCUGGAAGAGCGCAUUGGGAGUGUUUGCACUGGAUUGACAGAAGAUAUGAUUUUGAAUCGUAUGAAGCAACGUAAGUAUAUACAUACUAUGAGUGAUGACCAAAUUGAGGCGGAGCCUUGCUGUAUCUGUCAGGAAAAUUAUAGUGAUGGAGAAGACCUAGGCACCUUGGAUUGUGGACAUGAUUUUCACCGUGAGUGUGUUAAACAAUGGCUUUCGCACAAGAAUUUGUGCCCCAUUUGUAAAACAACAGGUCUAGCUACAUAGAAAAAAAAAACACCAUUUAUUUUUGAAGUCAUUGCUUCCUAAAGGAAUGCAAUAGUGGAACAAGGUAAACUACAUCGGAGGUCAGAAAUCUGUGGAUUAUUGUUUGUUUACAAACUUUGUACUUUGAAUCAUUUGAUCGGCUAGAGAAUUCCUUAUUCUUACAUUAUAAUUGGUAAUGUUAUGUACCGUAAUUCAUGAUUUUAUUUUUCUGCA